CCCGCCGUGGGUGAGCACCUUCCUUAUCGUUUAUAUAUAUGUUUCAGGACAGAGGCUCUCUCGUAGGACCCCACGGAAUAGUUACAUGGAAUAGUCAUGCUUCAAAUGCGAGGGACACCCGACUUGUCUGUUUGUCUAAACCUAGCUUUAGCUCAGUUUCUUGCGGUUAGUGACGACCUUAGUGACUUGGUUUCACGUACUGUCGAUUAGCUCCUGGUUUAGCCACUGCUAACAACAUAGUGGCCUCGCUCUCUUGCCGUAGCACGCGUUCUUCUUCGUGGUGGGACAGCUGUUGCCACGGCAACCCCAGUCACAAGUUACUAACUGAACUUCAAACUGCAGACACACCGUCGAGCCCCAACACACACACGGACACUUAACGUUACAAUACAACACACACACGGAUAAAAAUGGCGUCUUGCCUGGUCCCUGACUUCCCGGCAGUCAUGGUAGCUCUGGAGCACAUAAAGGAGCUGGACAAGCAGCUGAAAGAGGACGGAGUACCCUUCUCACCUGAAGCCAGCCUCCAUCUGACAGAGAUAACUGCUGCCAUCACUGAACUGGAAGCGGACCGGCGUGCCACUCAUGAACAUUUAGAAGUGGAAACCAUAGAAAACAGCAUGCUGAGACACCAAAUUAACAGCAUAAGAGAAAGAAUGAGCCACGACAUCAUGGCUGACGUAGCAGCAGCCCGGGCAUCUAAUGCCGAGGAGAUAGAGCAGCUGCACAAAGACCUCCGCACAGUUUGUCAGCUGCAAGAAGACACUGUGAAGAGGCGGGAAGCCCUCCUGAGGCAAAACGAGGCCCUGUACCCAGAGCGAGAGCGUGUGAGGGCUGAGCAUGUGGAGGUCGUUGCUUCUCUGAAUGAUCAAAUCACCUUUAAGUACGGCUUGCAGAUGCAGCUGGAUUGGACACUGGAGCAAAUAGAGGAGCUGAGGUCCUGCGUCGCUGCGGUCGAGCAGGACAAAGCAACCCUGCAGCAAAACCUGGUGUUGGAGAGAGAGGCACUGGCUGUGAAACAGGGCAGCCUGGACAGAGAGGUGGACCAGGUCGAGGGAAAAAUCAAGCAGCAGAAACAAGAGAUCAGGAGGAGCAGAGGAGAGUUGGACAGGGUCGACGACAAGAAACGAGAAGCCCAUGACCAUCUGGCCAAGCUCACGAUUGACUUGGCCAAGGUUGAGAGCAAUUUCCGAAGACUGACAGCGUCUCGGUGCCAGUGCGAGAAACAGCUGGAGGGGGAGACCCAAAAGCAUCAAGAAUUGAGGCAGCAGAGAGAAACGCUGAAGAAAGAGCUGUGUGACUUGGUGGAAGCCUUCAGCGCUGCCAUCCAGCGUCUGAAACAGGACAUUAUCACAGUGGACGGUAAAUUAGAGGAUGGCCGAAGAUCAAGGUUGCACUGUCAAGACUGCCUGGCUCAAAUCUAUGAGAUAUUGAAGCACCAGCUAAAUGAAGAGGACGAAGUCAGCGUAGAGCACUCCCACGUCUCGCAGCAGCUGGAGCGCUCCAAGCUGCAGCUGGAGGAGCGCAUUGCCUCCAUAGUCAAACACAGCAAGGAGAUCAAAGAGAUGGACAAGCAGAUCAGAGACACCCUGGAGGCCGACACAAUCAACCAGCGCGUGUUCGAGAGGAGUCAGGAAGAGAUGUGCGGGAACGUGGAUACGGAGAAGAAGAACAUCCGCCAUUUUGAGGAGGAGAAGAAGCGGCUGAGGAGGCUCUUGGAGGAGACGAAGAGGAAGCAGGAGGAGCACGUGGCGAAAAUGACCUCCGACAUUGCCAGCACCAGGAGGAGAUACGAGGAGCUUCAGCAGGAGGAGGCCGCACUCCAGCAGCAGCACCCCGAGAGCACAGACACUGACUCGCUGAUGGGCCACGUGAGGCAGUGUGAGGUAGAGUACGGGCAAACGCAGAGCCAACGGAGGCAGGACAUCGAGCGGUGCGCCGCAGAGGCCGAGAGCAUCGCCAGGGGCAACGAGGAGAAGCAGAGGGAGGUGGAGGAGAAGGAGGAGAUGCUGAAGGAGGUGGAAGCGAAGUGGAGCGAAGAGGAGUCCAGGCACCAGAGGCUGAAGAUGCUGACCUACGAGCUGAGGAGGAAGAGGUGCGAUCUGGAACUGUCGAUCCAGCAGCUGAAGGAGAAAAGCGCCUCUCUGCUUCAGCCCAAAGAGGAGAUGAAGGCUGAGCUGGAGGAGGUGCGAGGGAGUUACAUGGGCAGGCUCGGCGCACAGGCCUCAGAGCUGAAAGCCGUGGAGUUGAGCAUCUACGACAAUGGCGUGAAACUGGAGGAGGUCAGCGUGGAGAACAGCAGGCUGCAGCUCCGUAUCAGACACAUGGCGGAGGCUGCCAGCAGAGCCAGGGCGAACAAAGAGCGGUACCGGCAGGACACUCACCAGCUCAAGCAGGACAUGAAGGACUUGUCUGAGAAGCUACAGGAAGCAUGGAGAGAGGAUUUCUUGCUCACCCAGGACCGUCAGAGCAGCGACGGUGUCCUGUUGGAGGCCAUGAGUGGCAUGUUGAGCCAUCUGAAAACCAGGAGACAGCAGCUGGGGAGUGUCGGCACCCUCCUGCACCGACACAUGUUGGACUUCAGCAAGAGACUGGGAGAUCAAACAACCGUGCAACAGCAGAGUUUAGUUGAUGAGUGCCUCUAA